AUGGUCGAGAUGCUUGCCAUGUUACAAGAAAUGCAAAAAAGAAAAGCGACUAAGUCGUCCGCACGGUCAAUCGCGUUCCAAAAAGAAAGAGAUGCAUUAUAUACGACGGCGCGCAAGAAAGCCGAGGCAUCCCUGCGGGACGGCAUGGCGUCCCUCGACAAGGCUCGUGCUUUGGUCUCCGAUCUCAGAGCAAAGGAGGUCACUCAGGAAGCCACACUGAACCAGUUCAGGGUCAUUCUGGCCGAGCAGAAUGCAUGCGUUCAGACCCUUCUUGGCCAUCAUACUGAAGUCAUCGAAGACUUGUCCCACCGUCGAGCAGCGCAGAUCAACGAAGCCAGU